AAAGAGUGGAAAAGGCGAAAAUUAGCGGAUAAGGAAAGAAGGAUCGUGUGUGAGAAUUCGUGGAUGGAUGUCAUGUUGUUCCGCCAUGAUGAGUCCUGUUCUCGUGACCAGUCACCUGACCUCCUCAUACCCUCCCAAUUGGUGAAUUUUUUCAUACCUAGACGAGAGUCACAUGGAUCUCCUCUCGGAGCCCGACCCUUUGGGUGGUGAAACUUGCGAAAGUGGGACUACCGAAGACGAUCCAGGAUGUGAUGACCGAGGUGGUAGUCCCACCUCUCCCCACACUACUAAAUCCUUCCCCGUAUUCGUGAGACCCGGACGAUCGACCCCAGCCAGGGAGCGACGGAACAAGCAUGACCCCGGGAAAUUGGGCGUUCAGUACGCUCUGAAAACCGAGGAACUAGAAAAUGGAGCCGGGACGUAUCGACUGAUUCAAGUGACAGACGGAUCCAUGCCCACGUUGGCUGUGGGUAGCUUGGAGACGACCAACGUGAUGCCUCAUGUCCUCGCCAGCAAUUCCCUGAACGCCAUGGGUGAUGUGAUCCAAACUGAGUCGAUCGCAGUGGAACCGACGAGAUUCGCAUACAUCACGGCUCCAGCCCCAGGUGCUCCAAACGGACCGACUCAUUUGGGUAUUCCGGCAGAAGCCGCUGCCGCAGCCGAGAAUGGGACCUUGGCGAUCACUCCCAAUGGGCAACUUUAUGUGAUAGGACAAGUCAGCACUCCAACUGAUACUUUGGGACCAAGGAUUGCACCAAGAUCUGUUGCUGUAGAUAACAGCAGAGUACAUGUACGGGAUGAGAGGAGGAGAGCAACUCACAAUGAAGUGGAACGCCGCCGCCGUGACAAGAUAAACACUUGGAUUUUGAAACUCGGCAAUAUCAUCCCCGAUUGUCAAACUGAUGCCUCAAAGCCAUCUCAGAGCAAAGGGGGAAUCCUAGCCAAAGCCUGUGACUACAUAGUGGAACUGCGGGAAACUUGCGUCCGGUUGCACCAAGAAGUCCAAGAACUCUCUGACAUGCUAUCACCAGAUGUGCGAGAGCUCAGAAAACAGAUCCAGGAUCUACGCAACGAGAAUGCCAUCCUGCGUAAUCUUGCUCACGAUGGAGUGCUAGAGAAAAACAGCGAGCAUAGCAACUCAAGCAGCUAGACCUAAGAGAGAAUUUAAUUAGUUUCUUUUUUUCCAGUCAUGAGGGUUUGUGAUGUAUGUUCUCAGAUCCAUGUGCUCCACCAUACCUUCUGAAGUUUUUCCUCAAUGGCCUACAUGAAAGCCAAUUGCCAGUGAGAGUUGGUAGAUGGGCUUGUAGCACUUUUUUGUAGCUGUGCUACAAUAAGCCUUCGGAAUGAAUUUUCUUCAUUCUCGUGGACCAUGCUGCAUGCCACUUGAUGUAGGCCUAUCAAUUUUGCUGAUAUUGUUUUUGUGAGAGAUUAUCAAAGGGCAUUUCACGAGUGCAAACCAGCCUGUCAGAUC